AUGCCGCUAGACACCUCGACAACAUAUCCCCUGACACGGCUGCGCCUUGAUGGCCGCCGCUGGAACGAGCUGCGCCUGCUCCAAGCCCAGAUCUCAACCAACCCUGCCAGCUCUGGCUCUUCAUACCUGUCAAUGGGCAACACAUCAAUCAUGUGCUCUGUCCACGGCCCCGCCGAGGGUCGCCGAGGAGAUGGCGCAGGCGGAGCUGCAGGAAGUGGGCAUGCAGUCGUGGAAGUAGACGUUAACGUCGCUGGGUUUGCCGGCGUAGAUCGCAAGCGGAGAGCUGGGGGAAGUGACAGGCAAUCAUCGCGAAUUGCUACAACCCUCCGCUCAGCCUUCCAGUCCCACCUCCACACCUACCUCUACCCCCACAGCACAAUCAGCAUCCAUGUCUCCGUUCUCUCCGCCGAUGGCUCAUUGCUCGCCGCAGCGAUAAACGCCGUUACUCUAGCUCUCGUGGAUGCCGGAAUCCCCAUGCCGGGAUUGCUCACUGGCUGUACUGCCGGCAUGAGCGGCAGCGCCUCUACACCGCGUGACCCGCGACACGACGAGCUUGAUCCACUGCUGGAUCUGUCGCUCCCAGAAGAACAGGAACUGCCUUCGCUCACUGUUGCGACGACGACAGCGGUGCCCGUUGGCGAGAACAAUAUGGAUGAGGACGAGGAGGCAAUGAAGGUCUGUGUUCUUACUAUGGAGACCAAGGUUCACGCUACGUACCUUGAUACAAUGUUGGCGGUCGGAAUCGAUGGGUGCAGUCAGAUCCGCGAAUUGUUGGAAGGUGUCAUCAAAGGAUCCCGUCCCAAGCCCCCAGUCAAUCAUGGAUAUGAACGGGAUGAACAUGCCAAUGGCCACUUCAACAGCUUCAGCAGCUAUGGCCAGCAGCACCGGAAUGAAAAUGGGGGGAAUGAGCAUGGGCGAUGGCUGCAAGAUCUCGGUCCGUCCAAUAUCAACCCCAUCUUCACUGCUUUAUACACUAGAUUCAAGCUGACUCACGAUCAUCAGAUGCUGUGGAACUGGUACACAGUUGAUGCAUGCUUCCUCGCCAGAUCAUGGCACAUAACCUCACGCGGCAUGUUCGCCGGCUCAUGCAUUGGAGUGAUCUGUCUCGUCUUGAGCCUCGAGCUCCUCCGCCGUGUGGGCCGAGAAUACGACUCGUUCAUUGUGCGCCGAGCCCGUCUGAGAAGACUCUACAUGCCGGGCUCUUCUACCGCGCAAUCCAUCUCGAACGUUCUCCUGGGAAGUGAAGAAGACACCACCAAACCGUCCGGCAACUGCUGUGGCGGAAACUCAGACCCCGACACUAUGCUCUUCAAUGCAGAGGACGGCCUCAUUGCUCCUGAGUCGGGUACUUCCCAGAAUGGAGUCUCGAAGAAGCAGGCUGCUGCUGCGUCGGCUAGGACUACCCAGGAUGUUGUCCAGCGAGAGAGACGGGAGACUAUGCUUGCUCUGUAUCGUCCGUCGAUUGUUGAGCAUUCCGUGCGCUCGCUGCUGCAUAUGGCGCAAUUUGCUGUUGCGUACAUUAUCAUGCUGCUUGCUAUGUACUUCAAUGGGUACAUCAUCAUCUGUAUCUUCAUUGGUGCUUUCCUGGGCGCAUUUAUCUUUUCCUGGGAGCCCGUGGACUUGAACAAGGAGUCAGAUGCUUUGUCGGUCACUAAGUGCUGCGGUUAA